AUGAGCAAUUCAGGGAAGAUUGUCGUGGUGUCCACGAGGAUUUGGGCUCCAUGCAUGGAGCCUGUUGUGGAGCUCCACAUUCCAGGCAGGAAAUUCUGUUGUCUCCUAGAGAUGGGAGCAGAUGAAAGACGAACUAUCCGGUCGGCGCUUUCCCAGUGCUGCCAGAUGGGACUCACAGAAAGCAUCGGACUCCCUCAGACACUGUUUGAAAAACACGAGCCCUGGCCAGCCUAUGUCUCAUACACCUCCCCAGCAGUCAGGCGACUCAUUGACAAAAGCAGAGCCCGAGAGCUGGAGUCCAUGCGUGCUGCUGAGGAAAACCGCAAGCCAAAGAGGCAGAGCAAACCUAGCCUCAUGUAUCUGAAGAGGAAGAAGCCAUCCAGGUCCUCAGGAGACUUCAUGCUGAAGGAUGCCCUGUCAGGGACCCUGUGGGAACCUACAUUCAUUCCAGAUCCCGCACAAUUCCGGGUGGAAGCCAGAGAGGGGCCCACGUCAAACUACAACAAGAUAAUUUUCUCCAGGAGACCUGCCAUGAGGAAGCUCCCAUAUGGCUUACCGUAGGCCAGCAAGUAGACACAUGCCAACGUUUAGCAGAGAGCUUUGUAGCCAUCCCCUGAGAAUGUACGAUGGUACAUUUGCUACAA